AUGAAAGCAACAGCUUGUGCCCUGCUCUUGGCUCUGGCACUUAUGACCAUCUUCAGUGAAAACCCCAGAAAACUCUGUCUUGGUGAUUGCAUACCUGCUCCUGCCGGGGACUUCACGUUGACUGCAGUAAAUAUAAAAAAGUCACCACCAGGAAAAGAGGGAUUUUGUCAUGAAAUAUAUGCACCAAUUUGUGGAUCUGAUGGCAAAACUUACCCUAAUGAUUGCUUCUUCUGUUUUGAAGUUCAAAAAACUGACAACAAACUUAAAUUUGUUCAUUUUGGAAAGUGUUGA